UCCGUACGUAUCCGGCCCCUUCUGAUCUCUUCCUCAGUCACAAACCAUCAUGUCCAUGGCCUGCUACUACCUCGCCGCCGCAGCCGCCGGCCUCGCCUUGCUGCUGCUCCACGCGCCCCUCACCGAUGCGCAGACGCUGGUGCCUUUGUGUGGUGACAGCGGCAACUACACGGAGCACGGCACGUAUCACGCAAACAUACAGUACUUAGCCACCUCCCUGCCAUCGUACGCCUCCUCCUCCCCCUCCCUCUUCGCCUCCGGCUCCUCGGGCACAGUUCCCGAUGCCAUCUACGCCCUCGCGCUCUGUCGUGGCGAUACCAACUCUUCCUCCUGCGCUACCUGCGUUGCCGCGGCCAUUCAGAGCGCCCAGGAACUCUGCCCGCUCGUCAAGACCGUAAUCGUCUACGACGACACCUGCAUCCUCCGCUUCGCCAACGACGCCUUCCCGAUCAGCCCUACCUCCAAUAGCCAAGGGAUGGUCGUUGCUUGGAAAGCCCAAAAUGUCAGCGCGGCAGUGGCUCCGGCUUUUGAGGCCGCCGUCGUCCGACUCAUCAACACCACCGCCGACUACGCAGCAACGGACUCCGUCAGGCGGUUCGGCACGGGGGAGGAGGCGUUCGACGAGACAACUUUUCCCAAGAUCUACUCGCUGGCGCAGUGCACGCCAGACAUGGCGGCGACUGCUUGCCGGAGCUGCCUCGAGGAUAUAGUUGGGAGGAUGGUAUCUGGGAAUUUGAUUGGGAGGAUGGGAGGGCGAGUUUUGGGCGUGCGAUGCAACUUAUGGUUUGAGGUAUACCCUUUCUUCUCUGGCCGCUCUCUGUUGCAACUCCCGGGGCCGUCGCCUUCACCGGCGCCACCGGUGACCGCAGCCGGAGAAAGAUCGAAAAACAAGAGAAGUGCAAUACUAGCCAUUUCAAUGCCUACAAUUGCUCUAGUAUUAGCUACUAUUGCAGCAUGGUUCUGUUCGACGAGUUGGAGGAGGCGGAGACUAGCAAGAAAAACAUUACGACCAAAGUCUAGCGAAGAUGAGAUGCAGAGUUUUGCUUCACUCGUUCUUGAUCUACAAACACUACGAACUGCUACAGAUAACUUUUCUGAACACAAAAGGCUUGGUGAAGGUGGCUUCGGUGUAGUUUACAAGGGAGAUCUACCAGAAGGUCAGGAAAUAGCGGUGAAAAGGCUCGCACAGACUUCCAGACAAGGAAUUGAAGAGCUGAAAACUGAACUACUUUUGGUUGCUAAGCUGAACCACAACAAUCUUGUCAGGCUUAUUGGCGUUUGCUUAGAAGAAAAUGAGAAAAUACUUGCAUAUGAAUAUAUGCCCAAUAGAAGCCUCGAUACCAUUCUUUUUGAUGCAGAGAGAAUCAAAGAGCUUGAUUGGGGCCAGAGGUUCAAGAUCAUAAAUGGCAUAGCUAGAGGAUUGCAAUAUCUUCACGAAGAUUCUCAACUGAAGAUAGUUCAUCGUGACCUCAAAGCAAGCAAUGUUCUCUUGGAUUCUGCUUAUAAUCCUAAGAUUUCUGACUUUGGUCUAGCUAAGAUAUUCGAAAGGGAUCAAUCACAAGUUAUCACUCACCGUAUCGCUGGGACUUAUGGAUACAUGUCUCCAGAGUAUGCGAUGCGCGGACAAUAUUCAAUGAAGUUAGACGUGUAUAGUUUCGGUGUCCUGGUUUUAGAGAUCAUCACAGGAAGAAGAAACUUUGGCUCCUACGGUUCUGACCAUGUGGUUGAUCUCAUAUAUGUUACAUGGGAGCACUGGACUAGCGAUAAAGCCAUCGAGUUGAUCGAUCCAUCAUUGGGAAACCACUAUCCAGUUGAUAAGGUGCUGAAGUGCAUCCACAUUGGGCUACUCUGUGUUCAACCGAAACCUGCUGAUAGGCCAUUGAUGUCAGCUGUUAAUGCCAUGCUUAGUAGUACUGGUACAGUCCGUCUCCCAUGCUUGUCCAGGCCUUCAUUUUGGGUCCAGGAGAUUGGUGCUACUGCUAGCUAAGGUGCAAAUUCAGAGCAGAACCCACACAACUCAAGAAAAAUGUCGCAAAAUGAAGCGCCGAUCACAGAACUUGAGCCCAGAUGAGUAUUGUAGGAUGAGAAUUGAAAGAACCUCGGCCUCCUCUUCCUUGCAUUUACCGGGAAUUGUACAACAAACUCUUAUUAAGCUGCGCUAGCUAGGUACCGAGUUUUUGGCUCAAUAAAAUCAAUUUGAAAUUGUUAGAGCUUAAUAAUAUCUCCUGUUAUCAGCCUGUUUAAAUCAACGGAAGUCAUGUUUGUACUGUUGCACACUGAUACUGUAGCAAAUAAGACACAUGCUUGAUACAAUGGUUUUUCUUUUGAAAGAAUUGACAUAUUGAUUCUUUCUGUUA